AUGUACUUUUUAACAGUGGCCUUGCGCUCCAAAGUUAAGAAGGCUUCUGAUGCCUUGAUGAUCGAUCCUUUCGACCAGAGUGUCGGACAAGUUCGAGCUCGCAUCUUGUUGUUCCAGACUACACAAACCUCCAAUUCGGAUAGCCUAGUGCGUUCCCCAACCUCGAAAACGCACACCUCAACCCGGACUAACCGUUCCAUGCUGCCCGGUCCCCAGCAACAUCAACAACACGUUGUUCAUUCGGAACUAGAUACCGCCCUCGCACCUUCUACAAAUCAGAUUGGACAACCUUCCCUUGAGUCCCAAGCGAGCUCAACAGUCUCGUCUUUAUCCCGGUCAAGUUAUGAAGAAACUUGUGUACUAAGCAAUCGACUGUCUUGA